CUUACCCCACCCCACUAUAUUUAUUUAUCUCGAAAACGAUAGCAAAGAUCAUGUUAUUUAAAGAACGAAGCGACAGGGAGCAACAGCAAAACAUCAGUUGAUUCACCCUAUCGUAAAGUAUUAACGUAAAACUGGAUACCAUCAACGGUACAAUGUCAAGCGCCGGGGUUUCAAUCAAUUUAACCCCGGGUUCGGGGCUCGGUGGAGGUGGAGGUGGGAAAUCCGAACCGGAUGAAUACAAUUUAUACCUCGGCUUCAUGAUACCUAUUGGAGCAAUUCUUGCGCUCUGUAUCAUCUGUCUCUUCGUGAUCAGCUGGCAGCUCAUAUGUCCGACUUGUUCAAAGAAAUUUUGUCCGAAAAGUUUCCUGCAAAAUAAUGACCGGAAUACAAGCCGUCCCUCAAUUGUCCCACCAAGUCACCAAAGUAACAAUACAGUUCAAGGCAGAAGAACAUCUGUAACGCUGGUUCGUCGCUAUAGCGACUUCCCGCCAAGUUACGAAGCUUUAACCGAACAGUCCCCUCCGUCGUAUAAUUCUGUCGUCAUAAUCGAAGAGGAGGCGCCACCUGGCGACAGGAGCAGCAGAGCUUCUGGUAUUCGAACAUACGUCUACGAUCCUGCGCGAAGAAUAUCGAUUGAGGUUCAUGACGAAGACACGAUACGAGUGGUUGAAGAAUUGUUGUCAAGGCGACGUACGUCAUCGUUACGUAGCACCAACGAACCACCCGGAUAUAAUCACGUCAUUAGACUUCCGGAUAAAUACCCCAACGUAAUUCCUGUCAGUGACGUAUGAAAGAGGUUGUGACGUCAUAUGCGCUUCGGGACGGGAGAUCUCUGAUUGAACUGAACAUCGUGAAGAAACGGGAAAGUGUUGCUGGACUGCGAACUGCCCAGCUAUGCACCAUAUAAAACUGUUUUAUAGGCAACACUGCAAAAACAUUAGUUACUGGCCCCAGGCCCAGAAAACAAAUUUUCUGUGUUAACCAAUUUAUAGAGUUAUGUGUCUUUAUAGCGCUUCUGUGUGACUUAGCCAAAGUGUAUAUAGCAUUUCUGGUUAACUUCUUAAUAGAGAAAGCUGUAAAAUAUUGUAAGAUUAAGCAUUGCGGAGAUAUGGGUAUAGGUUUCCUAAGAAUAUUCGUUUGACUAUACUGCAAUUUGUUUUAUGCAUUCAUUUGUUUGUUUGUACGGUUAAUUUAUUUUUAACAUAGGUUUGUUGGA